GUCUGAAAGUGUGAAACUUACAAAUCCCAAGGAGCUGCAAUCAGAACUCUACCUAGGGAAAAUUCGAGAGUAUACUUGCCAUAAAUAUCCCGCUCCAAGACGCCUGACGUCAGAGCGGGGCGGGCGGUGAGCGAGGCGGACCGGGAGGGGCUGCCUGCCGCGGUGCUUUCCCUGGAAUACAGCGGCUGCGGAGCGGCCGGCCGGCGGGCAGACCUGGGAGAGCAGAGCGGAACGGCAGCUGCGGGGGUGACUCGGGCUGAAGAGCCGCGGGCGCUCCAUGGGGUCCUCACAGUCUGAACUCACACUCUGUGGUCAUGGCUAAGAACACACCAGGCUGCAAUAAUUUCAGGACCCAUCUUCCUCAGGUGAUCAUGAUGAAGACCUAGGCCAUCUGCCUGCUGAUUGUCCCUCGGGCCUGCAGGCACCAUGGCCCCCCACAAGAGGAGCCGCCAUGGCCUUGGCUUCCUGUGCUGCUUCGGGGGCACGGACCUCCCUGAGAUCAACCUCCAGGACAGCCACCCUCUGCAGUACAUGGAGUUCUCCAGUCCCAUCCCAAACCCGGAGGAGCUCAACAUCCGCUUUGCAGAGCUGGUGGAUGAAUUGGAUCUCACCGACAAAAACCGGGAGGCUGUGUUUGCACUGCCUCCGGAGAAGAAAUGGCAGAUUUAUUGCAGCAAGAAGAAGGAACAGGAAGACCCCAACAAGUUGGCAACCAGCUGGCCUGACUAUUACAUUGAUCGAAUCAACUCCAUGGCUGCAUUGCAGAGCCUGUAUGCAUUUGAUGAGGAGGAGACCGAGAUGAGGAACCAAGUUGUGGAAGACCUCAAGACAGCUCUCCGGACUCAGCCCAUGAGGUUUGUGACCCGCUUCAUCGAGCUGGAGGGCUUAACCUGUCUGCUGAAUUUCCUCCGGAGCAUGGACCAUGCCACCUGCGAGAGCCGAAUCCACACGUCCCUCAUCGGCUGCAUCAAGGCUCUGAUGAACAACUCCCAGGGGCGGGCACAUGUGCUGGCACAGCCUGAAGCCAUCAGCACCAUUGCACAGAGUCUGCGCACAGAGAACAGCAAGACCAAAGUGGCUGUGCUAGAGAUCCUCGGUGCUGUGUGCCUUGUGCCUGGCGGCCAUAAAAAGGUUCUGCAGGCCAUGCUACACUACCAGGUGUAUGCAGCUGAGAGGACACGCUUCCAGACGCUGCUGAAUGAACUAGACCGAAGUUUGGGCCGAUACCGGGAUGAAGUGAAUCUGAAAACAGCUAUCAUGUCAUUUAUCAAUGCUGUCCUCAAUGCAGGAGCUGGAGAGGAUAACCUGGACUUCCGCCUACAUCUACGGUACGAGUUUCUGAUGCUGGGGAUACAGCCUGUGAUUGACAAACUCCGGCAACAUGAGAAUGCUAUCCUGGACAAGCAUUUAGACUUCUUCGAGAUGGUUCGGAAUGAGGAUGACCUGGAGCUAGCAAGGAGGUUUGACAUGGUCCACAUCGACACUAAGAGCGCUUCCCAGAUGUUUGAGCUGAUCCACAAGAAGCUGAAGCACACAGAGGCCUACCCCUGCCUGCUGUCUGUCCUGCACCACUGCCUACAGAUGCCCUACAAGCGGAAUGGUGGCUACUUCCAGCAGUGGCAACUCCUAGACCGCAUCCUUCAGCAGAUCGUCCUGCAGGAUGAGAGGGGAAUGGACCCUGACUUGGCUCCCUUGGAGAACUUCAAUGUCAAGAACAUCAUCAAUAUGCUCAUCAAUGAAAAUGAAGUGAAACAGUGGAGAGAGCAGGCAGAGAAGUUCCGGAAAGAACACAUGGAGCUGGUGAGCAGGCUGGAGAAGAAGGAGCGAGAGUGUGAAACUAAGACAUUGGAGAAGGAAGAGAUGAUGCGGACGCUGAACAAGAUGAAGGACAAGCUGGCCCGAGAGUCCCAGGAGCUGCGCCAAGCUCGGGGACAGGUGGCAGAGCUGGUAGCCCAACUCAAUGAGAUCUCAACAGGACCUGUAUCUUCCCCGUCUCCCCCUGGGGGCCCACUUUUCUUGUCUUCCUCCAUGACAACCAGUGACCUGCCUCCACCCCCACCCCCUCUACCGUUUGCCUGCUGCCCCCCUCCUCCGCCACCACCUCUCCCACCCAGUGGGCUUCCUUCUCCCCCAGGUGCUCCACCUUGCUUUGGCUUGGGCCUGACCCUCCCUUCAGACCCCUUCCCCAGCAAUGAUACCCCACUCAGGAAGAAGUGUGUCCCUCAGCCUUCCCACCCUUUGAAGUCCUUCAACUGGGUCAAGCUGAGUGAGGACCGUGUCCCAGGCACCAUAUGGAAUGAGAUUGAUGACAUGCAGGUAUUUCAGAUUCUGGACCUGGAGGACUUUGAAAAAAUGUUUUCUGCUUACCAGAGGCACCAGGAGCUGAUAACUAAUCCUUGUCAGCAGAAAGAGUUGGGCUCCACGGAGGAUAUCUACUUGGCCUCCCGCAAAGUCAAAGAGCUGUCAGUCAUUGAUGGUCGGAGGGCCCAGAACUGCAUCAUCCUCCUCUCCAAGUUGAAGCUCUCUAAUGAAGAAAUCCGACAGGCGAUCUUGAAGAUGGAUGAGCAGGAGGACCUGGCUAAGGACAUGCUGGAACAGCUCCUCAAGUUCAUCCCUGAGAAAAGUGACAUUGACCUGCUGGAGGAGCACAAGCAUGAGAUCGAGCGAAUGGCCCGGGCAGACCGAUUCCUCUAUGAGAUGAGCAGGAUCGACCACUACCAGCAACGACUGCAGGCCCUCUUCUUCAAGAAGAAGUUCCAGGAGCGGCUGGCUGAGGCCAAGCCCAAAGUGGAAGCCAUCCUGCUGGCCUCUCAGGAGCUGAUCCGCAGCAAGCGCCUAAUGCAGAUGCUGGAAGUUGUUCUCGCCAUUGGCAACUUUAUGAACAAAGGGCAGCGUGGGGGUGCCUAUGGCUUCCGGGUGGCCAGCCUCAACAAGAUCGCUGAUACCAAGUCCAGCACUGACAGAAACAUCUCUCUGCUGCAUUAUCUGAUCAUGAUCCUGGAGAAGCACUUCCCUGACAUCCUGAACCUGCCCUCUGAACUACAGCACCUUCCUGAAGCUGCCAAAGUCAACCUGGCAGAGUUGGAGAAGGAGGUGGGCAACCUCAGAAAGGGGCUGAGAGCUGUUGAGGUGGAGCUAGAAUAUCAGAAACACCAUAUGAGGGAACCCAGUGACAAGUUUGUCCCGGUCAUGAGUGACUUCAUCACUGUCUCCAGCUUCAGCUUCUCAGAACUGGAGGACCAGCUCAGCGAGGCCAGGGACAAGUUCUCCAGGGCCUUGACACACUUCGGGGAGCAUGACAGCAAGAUGCAGCCUGAUGAAUUCUUUGGCAUCUUUGACACGUUCCUACAGGCCUUUUCAGAGGCCCGGCAGGAUCUGGAGACCAUGAGGAAAAGGAAGGAGGAGGAGGAGAGGCGGGCACGCAUGGAGGCCAUGCUUAAGGAGCAGAGGGAGCGGGAGCGGUGGCAGCGGCAACGGAAGGUCCUGGCCGGCAGCACACUGGAGGAGGGAGGCGAGUUCGACGACCUGGUGUCAGCACUGCGCUCCGGGGAGGUUUUUGACAAGGACUUGUGCAAGCUCAAACGCAGCCGCAAGCGGUCAGGGGGACCAGCCCUGGAAGUCACCCGGGAACGGGCAAUAAGCAGGCUUCAUUAUUGACCUGGGGGCCGGCCACAGCAGGAUGGACAUAGAGGGGCUGAGUGGAGGAGGCUGGCUGUGAUUCUUAAACAAUUUGGUGCUCAGUUUGGAGCCCUGGGCUGGGCCCUGGGGUAGGGACUGUGUGUAUGGCAGGACCAGGUGUCAUUCCAUUUACCUGAAAGGACUCUG